UAGUUUAAAAUAAUAAUGCGGUUAAUUAGAUAAACUUAAUAAUUAUUUAGGAGCUUGUAUUCGCACCAGUCGGAGGAAAACUAUGGGUGCGUCACGUGGUUUCACCUUGGUAUUGCAAUUUGUGUUUAUAUUGCUGACGACAAAUUCAAAUGCGAGAGCGGAUCGGUGUGAUGAAUUUGGAAUCUGUGACCACGUUGACAACUACCCUAAGGAGAUAGUACAAGGACUAAUUCAUGAGGUACGAGCACAGAAAACAUAUGUACAACUCAAAAGCAAAAACACUCCGGUCAGUUACGACGUAGAAGACGUACGUAUAAGCAGUAGAUUCGACGACUUCAGAGGAGAGCUCUGUGUAUCCAGAAAUGAGGUAGUAGCUCCAGAAAAAGCGAGGGACACCAAUGGAAUAGAUCGUAUUAUUUUAAAUGACAAGAAUGACCCUUUGCAAAAAUUUUACAUUGGAACUUGCAUCACUACAAACUCAGGCUGUCACAAAGCACUGGAGUUCCUGCCGAAUUACAAAGGCGUCUGUGUCCAGAAGACCGCAUUGCGAGAGAUGUAUUACCUGAAUGAGAAAAAUCAAACUUCAAUAACAUAUUUUCCAGUACCCACUUGUUGUUCCUGUAUGUUACAACGUUAUAAUUAAUCAAAAAAAAAAAAAAUCAAAAAAACAUUUAUUUCAAGUAGGCUCAGUUUACAAGCACUUUUGACACGUCAGUUGACUAUUUGUAAAGAUUCUACCACCGGUUCGGAAGGCAGGUCCUGCUGAGAAGAUACCGGCAAGAAACUCAACAGUUGCUCUUUUGAAUAAGCGACAAUAUGACCCUAUUGGUACAGCUAGAGUCAACACCUAGAUAUCAUGGGUUCGAACUUUGAUACCCGCCACAACACUGUCACUAUUCACUCCUAACACAACUUUCUGUAUACAGUCCUUUUUAUGAAAGAAGUCCCCCAGACGCGGCGCUAAUGUCUUAGGGUUCAUUUACACGAGCGGCAACUGCUACCGAUGCCGACGACCGCAGUCGACUGCAGUCAUCGACGUCUUGGUCUCGCAGUCAGCUAGUAAAAAUAAGUAAGUAAAAAUAGUAGAAGCUGCCUCUCGUGUAAAUUAACACUUAAUGGUAUGCUUAAUGGCGCUCAUUGUCAUUAGAAAAUGGCGGUUUUAUUGACGUAAAUGUAAGGCGUUGUCAAUAUUAGUUCAGGCUUAUCCGCGGGACUUCUUUCAUUAAAAGUGCUCUAGUUGGAGGCGUACAGGAAUAUUGGCCUUAAUUAAAAACACAUAACAUUCCUUUUGAAAUAAUUGUCAAUAAAAAUGUUUGAUUGCGA